GAGAGGGGUACACUAUUCGUCCCUUCUAUAAAAGCUGAUAUGAAAUCACCAGAUAUGUCCAGAUUACGCUUAUCGUUAUACCUCAAUACGUGUAGUUAAAAGUAAUCGUUAUGAAACUGAACUUUGUGAUAUUGAUGGCCCUGAUAUCCAUAGCACUUUUUGCAGGAGUGACUGCUGCCGGGAAAAGGCGAAAAAUUAUCAUCCACGUCCCAGUGAAGGUUAAGCAACAAAAACAUAUCCACACGGAAGUAAAAACAGUUCAUCAUCAUCAUAAGCCUACUGUUGUGAAAGAAGAAAAAAUAAUAAAAAAGGAGGUUCACAAGCCAAUAGUCAUCAAAGAAGAGAUCGAACAUGAGCAUUUCCAUCAUCACUACAAGCACGAUCAUCCUACAUUUGAUAUCAAUGGUCAUGAAUCACUUGGAACAGGGGUGCAAUUUAACUGAUUGCGACUACAAACAACUAUAUGUGUAUCUUCUGAAAAAUUCUUCAAUAUGAGUUAUGCAAAUAAAUUAAUCAAAAAUGAAAUCUUUUCAU